AUGCCCCAACGGACAAUAAACGAUGAACCAAAAAAAAAAAAAAAAAAUGCGGUUACUUCAUCGAAUUCCCCUCGGUUCACUGAGCCGGUCCUCGCUCCCCGCACUCCUCCUCCACUCGUCUUUGUAUUUUCGGGACAGGGUCCCCAACACUUUGAAAUGGGGAGAGAAUUAUUUAGCUCCUGCACUGUCUUCCAGAGGAGUAUACUUGACAUGGACAAGAUACACGAGCUUGCAACUGGAUUUUCACUCAUCGCACAGACUGGUCUUUUCGCUCAACAAACUGGUUCCACAGAAGUCCUCGGCAAUAUCUGGCCUAUUUCUGUGACUCUUCCUGCUCUAACCAUGCUUCAAAUUGCUACUUUCGACUCUCUUGUGAGUCUUGGGAUGAAACCUACCGUGAUCGUGGGCCACUCUGCAGGAGAGACUGCCCUAUUAUAUGCAUCUGGUGCAGGUUCUAAAGCCAUGGCUGUGGAGCUUGCAAUUGCACGUGCACGGGCCAUGACAAUCGUCGAAGGCUCUCAAGGCGCAAUGUCGGCAGUUUCAUGCUCCCCUGAACAGGCUCAGAAAAUUAUAUCUCAGAUAUACACAGAACAGGGCAAGGCUGAUUUAGAUGUUGGCUGCUACAACACUCCUGACGCCAUCACCCUAUCGGGAUCAUCUACUGAUAUCGACCUCGCAGUCAAACACGCAAAGGCUGCAGGAUUUCUCGCAAAGCGAUUAAAUACCGCUGUUCCCGUGCAUUCCAGACUGAUGGACGCCUGUCGUGACGAAUUUAUGCGGUUGGUAACAGAAAUCUUCGAUCGCUAUCCUUCGCAGCCACCUCAAAUCCCAACAUAUUCCACUGAAUGCGGUAUGCUGAAGCACGACCGGUUCAGUGCGGAAUACUAUUGGUCUGGUACACGUGGCCCAGUGCAAUUUACGGGAGCAAUCCAUCAUAUAAUUCGCGAAAUAGGUUCUCCGGACUUCUUAGAAAUAGGACCUCACCCAGCUCUCGCUAAUUAUCUCGUAGCUCUCGGCGGCGAGACAACGACUGUCGUCUGUCCUUUGCGCAGGCCCAAGGCCAAUCAAGGAGACGUGAUCGCUUUUCUUGAGGCUUUGGGCAAGCUUACAGUUGCUGGACAUUGCUGUAUCGACUUCGACAUUCUCAAUGGAUGCGUCGUAGCAGAUGCCCCAAAACUGCCUGCCUACCCCUUUUCCCGCAAGAAGCUCCCCUUGUACCCAAUUUCUCCUUCCAUCAAGAGAAUUUGUCAGCCUCGUAACGGACCGUUAAAUUAUUCCCAGCUUCGUAUUAACGCCCAGACACACCCUUACCUGGCUCAACAUGUGAUUCAACGCGAGCCCAUCAUGCCCGCUGCAGGUUUUCUUGAAAUGGCAUUGGAAUUUGGCGCAAGCCAAUUGUGGGAUGUCAAAUUCUUAUUCAUGCUAUCUUUAUCUGGAGAUCAACCUGUGCCAGUUGAUAUAUGCACUGAAGGUCCUCGUUGGUCAGUACGUUCUGCUCUAGUAAAUCCAUCACAAUCGUCCGGUCCACCGCUCCAAUAUGAUCGUUUGCAUGCUGAGGGCUACCUAUCUCUUGAUUCUCCAACUCCAGCCUUACCCGCCGUGGACAUUCAGGCAGUAAAGGAACGCUGCACGCAAGUUAGCGUAGAAGGCUUCUAUGAUGGGCUCGAGCACUUCGCUCAAUAUGGACCAGAUUACCAAAGGGUAUUGGAUUGCUACCGGGGGACUAACAAAGGGCACGACGAAGCUUUAGUACAAAUUCGUGGUGACGUCGGGGACCUCCCCAGGCUGGAGAUGUUCAAGAUCCAUCCCGUCAUCUUCGACUCCGCGAUACAUAUCCUGGUCCAUCCGAUUUUUACCCAUCUCACCGACAAAACCUUGUAUUAUCUUCCUUCUCGUCUGCAAAAACUGAUAAUCUACGAAACACUUACUACGUCCCCAUUCCCGCGGUCUCUCUAUGCUCAUUCCCUGGUAUAUGAUGUCGCCCUUCUGAAUGAAGACGGAAAUCAUCUGUGCACGAUGCAAUCAUUCGAAGUCACCCUCCAUGGGGAGUCCUCUCUAUACGAGCCGAGAUGUCGAUUCGAUUUAGUGCAUGAGCCCAUCACACUCGACCUGUCUUCAUGCCAUGCUGGAACUUCCUCCUCGUUGUCAUUGCUUAACGUUAUUACUUACGAGCAUGGAAAAGAGAUGGAACUUCAGCCGUUAUUAUCUGCACGGGACGCCACCGUUCCGUACUCCAUCUAUUUUACGGCACACGCUGGUCGUGACGGGGAUGGGGCUGUCGGAUUCGUGCGAUCCUUACGGAAGGAAUAUCUUUUGUGGACAAUUUGGGUUGUAGUGUUCGACUCGGUUUGGGACGAUGAAAGCAUAAGGCGGGCAGUUCAGUUUAUAUCUAAGAUGUCUCAGGUGGAGACCGAGCUUGUGGUGGACGCAUCCGGAUUGGUACAUGUCCCAAGAAUAACACCUUGCGAGGGUCCGACAAAGGUCUCUCCUUUCAACUUCCACCAACCAUGGCAGCUCGAUAAUUCUGCAGUUGUUCAUGUAUCCCCUCCCCCUUCGGAUUGUCAUUCGGCCGUCGUGCAUGUGCAAAGUGUUGACCGAUCAGACGAUCAGAUAUGGACUUUCGUUGGCUCCUUGGGCAGCUCGCACAAAGGUGUCAUGGGGAUAUCGGCUUCACCUGUUGGAAAUGUCAUCGUAUCACCACUGGAUAGCAUGGUGGAUGCUCCUGUGGCGCUGGAUGCUGACGCAUCUAUGGGACCUCCUGUUCUCGCCUUUGCCGUAUCAGUCCUUGCCGUUGGUUCUGCAUAUUUUGAGAACCCGGGAAGAUUCCGUGGAGAGAUCCUUGUGACACAUGCAGAUACUCAGACUAGCAUGCUGGUUGUUCAACUCUACGUUCUCCAAGGCUUUCGCGUCACUACUCUAACGCAACAUGCAACGGACUCCGAAAUUAGCUGCCUUCCUGAUGGUCAUUUCAGUAUCAUCGUCUCUGAAUACAAAGACACGGCAACACUUCACCUCUUAUCACACCUCUUGACGGCUAACGGGAGGAUGUUUCCAUGGAAGCAUCCUAAAAAAGGCUUGCAGUCUCUGCUCGCCUGCGACCCAUGGUUGAUUGGCCACGCUAUUCGUCUUGGAUCAAAUAUAGCCGGCAACGAACUCAAGAUUCCUAUGUGCAACCUCAGCGAGAUCAUAACUGUUACGCCUGGUGAUUCUGUCCAUGUGAAGAAAGAUAUCUUCAGCGACAAGAAGACAUAUCUACUGGUGGGAGGUCUCGGCAGCCUUGGACUUCAGAUUGCACAGUGGAUGUACAAGAAUGGGGCUCGGCAAAUCGUUCUAACCUCGCGAUCCGGGCGCGCCGGAAUUCAGCGCAGGGGUGACAUUGCAUCUCUGCGCAUCAUCGCAUAUCUCGAGAGCCUGCCUGAUUUAAAUCUGCGCAUCGAGGCAAUCAAUGCCCUCUGCGAGCCUGGCAUGAAAGCGUUGGUGGAACAACUUCAGAGUCCACUCGGGGGAUGCAUGUUACUCUCCGUGGUCUUGGCGGAUGGUCUCUUUUCUGGGCUAUCCGCUGAGAACUUCGAUGCGCCCUUCGAUCCUAAGAUUAGAGCCUUGGAGGUGCUAUGUCACACAAUUAACAUGAACAAGCUGGAUUUCUUGAUUUCAUUCUCCUCAGUGUCGGCACUAUUCGGGAAUGCAGGUCAAACUAAUUAUGCUGCGGCAAACACUAUGUUGGACGGCAGACUGCGCACAAUGUCACACGCAUUCUCUAUCGUAACUCCUGCAGUCACAGACUCAUUCGUCGCUACAUCGGGCACGACAAAGUUCAAACACUUGACGGAUUGGGGGAUGUCAUCUCAGAGGAUCUUCCAAUUCAUCGAGGAAGGCAUUCAAAAACUUGCUGAUGGUCCUUCCUCAUUUUACAUUCCGGAUUUCGACUGGGAAGCGGUCUGCGUGAACCUUGGAAACUCUCCUAUGUAUAGUCACUUGUUACCCGAGCGAACGAUUAUGGAAGACGGAGCAUCAACUUCAAAAGACAGUGUUUCGAUAGGCGACAUAUUGUGCGCCACCCUGGACAUUGCGCGCGAAGAUUUAUCUCCCGAUGUCCCUUUAACGGUGUAUGGUCUGGAUUCCUUAUCUGCUGCAAGGCUAUCAUUCGCCUUGAAUCCCUUUUUUUCUAUCAGCCAAACCCAGCUCCUUGCGAACGUGACCCUUCGGAGCCUAGAAGCGCGAUUAGAUGACCAGCGGCUGUCUGCACUCACCGAAGUGGAGCAGAGGAGCGCAUCUGAGCUUUACCAGGUAUCUGAGAUGAGGUCAUUGGUUGCAAAGUACACGUCUGGAUUCAAAAGCCCCAAGACACUGCUACCUUCCUCUCUCAGUUCACGGGACUGCGUUGUUCUCAUAACCGGUACCACAGGAGUUGUGGGCGCACACCUUCUUGAAUGCUUACUCCAUGCACCACAAAUCACUCGCAUAUUUCUUCUCAAUCGUACCAAGCCCGGAGCUCCGACUAUGUUGGAACGUCACCAAGAUAUUUUCCAGGCACAGUCCCUGGACUUGACGGGACUGGAAACAGAAAAGGUCGUAUAUUUGGAGGGCACUCUAGACAACGAUUACUUUGGGCUGUCAACUGACAUGUUCAAUGAAAUGGCUCGAAGCGUCACCCACAUUGUUCACGUUGCAUGGCCAAUGGACUUCAUCAUUCCCCUCGCUGCAUUUGAUCACGCUAUUCACGGUCUGCGGAACUUGGUGGACUUCGCCAUUUCCUCGCCCUGGCAAGUUCCGCCUCAAUUGCUUUUCACAAGCACAGUCGGUGUAUUAACUGGUCUCACAUCGUCGAGCACUGUAGAAGAGGCUCUUAUAAAUGACCCUAGUAUAUCUGUGGGCGCGGGAUACAUCGAAAGCAAAUGGGUCGCAGAGCACGUAUUGGCGGCGGCAGCUGAUGCUACACGACUGAAGCCAACGAUUGUUCGCCUGGGGCAACUAACUGGGGGGCGCAAGGGUUACUGGAAAGUAACGGAAUGGAUACCAUCCAUGAUCAAAUCAGGCCUCUCUCUCGGUGUCUUACCUAACCGUGCCAAUCCUGUAAUUUGGCUUCCAGUUGAUGUGGCGGCAACAUCUAUGGUGGAAAUGCUUGAUUCACCCCCUGGCGUGUAUCACUUGGCACAUCCAAGUCCUGUUUCAUGGACUAUUCCGAUGCAGGAAGCUGCUCGCAUCAUGAACGUUCCAUUGGUCCCCUAUACGCAAUGGCUCGCUUCUUUGGAGAAACAGGCGUCAUCACAAACAGGCGAAUAUUUGCAAAAAAAUCCUGCGCUGAGGUUGCUUGACUUUUUCAAGUAUACCAUGCGGAGAAGGAAUACGAACACCGAGAACUUCUUAGAGCCGCAGCUCUCGUGCGCCAAGGCAUUGCAGGAGUCUCCGACACUACGAUCCAUGGCCUCAAACCCACUGGGAACUAAGGAUGUAGCUAAAUGGAUCGGGUACUGGCGCAGCGUUGGCUUUAUUCCUGUUUGA